AUGAAAUUUAAUGCUGAGACUAGUGUGCUGCUUGGUAAUGUUCUUGGAAUAUAAGAGGAUAAUAAAGAUUCAAAUAGUACCAAGCAUUGCUAUAAUGAUUGGAGCGAGAGGUAAAAAAGAUUUGCAUCAUAAUAUAACAGCUCUGCUUAAUUAAAUCUAUAAACUUCUCAAUAAAAUAUCAAUAGCUCAUUUAUACCAAAUCAUAAUAAUAAAAUACUAUUAAAGAAAGAUUUCUCAAAAGGUCCCUCUUUAUCCCUUCAUAAUCAAUAACUCUCUAGCGGAUAGAUUUUAGAUUAAAACAUACUCUUAAAUAGAGUUGAUAAUUAUUACUAAAUACCAACAGCUAAUCCUUAAGAAUGUAAAAUAUGCUAGAUAAAUAAUUCAAUUUGUUCAGUGUGUUUGUAAAGACAGUCUAAAGUGAAGAAAAAAUUUUUAAAUCCUAAAGGGUCUGAAUCGUUUAGUACCAAUAUCCCUUUGUAUAAAUAUUAGCGUUUAUCAGAUUAAGAGAGAUUGAAUAACUCAUAUUCAUACGGAGAAAGUAGUAAGUAAUCAAUGAUAAGAAAAAAAAUUAUGCCAAAUAAAAAGGAAUAAAAUAGCAGAGAAUCGCUCAGUAACAGUUAAUAAUUAAACUCUCUCUAGGAAAAAUACUAAGAUAUGUUGAAGAUUAAAUUUAAACCUCUAAGUAACUCAAAUUAAAACCUUUCGCUGAUUUCAUCUAUAGAUAAUAAAUAGAAUAUUUCCAUAAGUCUAGAUAUAUUGACUUAAAAGGAAAGUUAAACUUCUAAAUAAAUUAAAUAGCCAGAAAAUAAAGAUGAAAAAAUACUCAGCGAUAAUUAUAUGAACUAUAUUUUAAGGAUAAGAUAGGAAGAAUUAGAAAAUCCAUCAGCAAAUUAUUUAUAAACAGAAUAUAAUUCAUCUAUCUAAUACGAAAAUAAUGAUAUUCAUGAUAAAAUUAAAUUAAAAAACCAAUUGCCUACAGUUUAAGAACUGUAAAAUAAUCAGACAAAAAAAACUAAUGAAAUUAGUUAGCAAAACCCAACAAACUUAAGUUUAUAGAAUUAACUGAAGAUAUUAGAUUUAAAUAACCUUCUAAGUAAACAGAAGAAUUGCAGUAAUUAUGUUAAUUCCUAAUAUAUUUUUGAUUCAACUACCACAAACAAAAAAAAUAACCUCAUGAAUAUUACAUAAUUAAAUUUCAUAGAGAGAAAUAACUUUGUUUCUAAAAAAAAAUACGAAAGUAGCAUAUAUAAAAAGGUUUCUUAAGAUAAAAGAGCAAAUUAAGACAAUAUUUAAGCUUAAAAUCCUAUUGUUGCUGCUACUUAGACUAUUUAAGAAUAUUAAAAAGGUUUAAAGAAGCCAAAAAAAAAUAUAAUUUAUAGUAAGGUAAAACCUCAUAACUAGUAAAAUAAUAAUGAAAAAGAAAAUGAGAACAUUUACAAAGAUAAUGAUGAUUCUAUUGUGAAAAGAAAUAAAUCAUAAGAAGAAAUUGUCAGGCCAAAUAAACAGCAAUUUCCAGAUUAAAAUUAACAAAACUUAAUACAUACAGGAAAUAAUAGCUUAAAUAAAAGCUAUUCAAAGUUUUAAAAUGAAAAGUUUAAUUAUUUUGACUUAGAUGAAAAGUCAGAAAUCAUAGAUUAUGUAGAGGAAAGCUACAACGAUGAUCAGAUUUUUAGUGGUAAAAAUAAAAAUAUUGCUGACUAAUUACAAAAGUAUGUUAGAAACCUAAAGAUAAAAAUUUAGCAAUAAAAUUCAUAACCUAAAAAUAUUUAAUACAAAAAUAUUAACUAAAGCGAAAAAGAAAAUAAAAAAUUAGUUGCUUUAGAGCCUUCAGAAAUAAAAUUAUCGUCUUUAACAUAAAAGUCUUCUGAUAAAAACAUUUUUAACUUUAAAUAUAGAAAAACACUUUUAAAAGCUUCUACAAAUUUUAAUACAAAUCCUAAUAAUCAGUCAAUUGAAAUGGUAGAGUAAGACUCUAUAAAAUACUUAACAAUUGACCCUAAAGACUAACAAAAAUAGGAUAGUAAGAUGUUAAAUUAAGAUUCUACUGCUAGUUUAGAUGCUUUGCCUAUCUCCUUUCCAAAAUUGCAUAAAUCUUAGAUAAAAAAGAAUAUAUCCAUCAAUUAAAGAAGUGAUCUUUAGCUAAAUGCUUAGAAAUUAAAUGUUGGAAAUAGAUUGGAUAAAUAGAUUAGUUAAAAUGCAAAAGAUUUAUUUUAUGAUAGUAAGACUAAUAAAAAGCAAGUUGAAAAAUAAAUAAUAUAUAGCUAAAGCUUUUCUAAAUAAAAUAAAUUAAUUUAGAAUUAACACAAUCUUUCAUCAAAUAAGCAAAUUAAAACAGAUCCUGAUAUGAACGAAACAGAGCUAACGUUUAAAAAUGGAAUUUAAAUGAAUACUUUUUUAAAUAAAAAUAGAAUUAGUUUAAAAGAAAUAUAAUGUAGUAACUAAAUUGAUGUAAACCAAACUCACAAUAAUCAUGAAUAAAUCGAAAGAUAAAAUUUAAAAUAAUUAGAAAACUUAUAGGAUAUUGAUCUAUGUGAAUGGAAACAUAGUCCUUAUAGUUUUGUCUCUAAUAUCGAUGAAUAGUUCUUAUUGGAAAAAUAAGAAAAUAUUGUUUAUGAAAGUAUAAGCAUAAAUAAAGCAAAAAAAAGGAAAUACAAAUUAACAAACAAAAGAAACAUAAACCAACAAUCUAAAGAGUAAUGA